UUAAAAUAUUGUUGAAUUUGAUUUUAUUAUCAUUGUAUUGUGAUUCAUCGAUUCGCGUGUCCGUGUUAAUGUGUUAUAUUAAUGAUAAUAUAGCCUGUAUUAGUUUAUAAAAUCAGUUUAUUUUUUACAUUUUUGCUGAAUUCCAUUUUAAUUUUGACACCGCAACAGUUAAAAGACGUCAGUGCUCAGUCAUUAGUACUCAGUAAAUCUGCAGGCUAAAUUAUGAAUAAUGACAACAAAAAAAGAAAAUUUAAAGGUGGUGCAGAGAAAAAUAGGGAAAAACACCAGAAAAUAUUAAACACUGUGGCCCAACAAUGUCACAAAAUAACUAACAUGUUUUCUUCCAAUACAUCAUGUAAACAAUCUGUAGCCAAAAAUAUUUCUCUACAAGUUAUUCGAGAAAUUGCAGAUGGUUCCAAUAUUGUAAUAGACAACCAUUCUACAAAUAAUUGUUUGGAAUCUGCAGCCAAAAAUGUUUCCACUGAAGUUAUUGAAGAAAAUGCAGAUAUUGCCAAUAUUGUAAUGGACAACAAUUCUACAAAUAAUUGUUUGAAAUCUGCAGCUAAAAAUGUUUCCACAGAAGUUAUUGAAGAAAAUGCAGAUAUUGCCAAUAUUGUAAUGGAAAACAAUUCUACAAAUAAUUGUUUGGUAAAUAAACUUAUUUUUUAAAUCUUGACUUAUGAGUUAUAAGUAGGUAGGUACUUAUUAAUUAUAAAUUAUUAUAAAAUAUAUAUAUAUAUUAUCAUUUUAGCAAUCCGUAGUCAAAAAUGUUUCACUUGAAUUAUUUGAAGAAACUGCAAGUGGAGAUCUAUUGGAUGGUUCAAAUAUAAUUUUUAGAAAUGAUCCUGUUAAUUUUGUUAAUGUUGAACAAUGGACUCUAGAGUUAAAAAAUAUGAUUCUAAGUUUGGGAGCUUGUCAGCCCAAAGAACAAGAUUUAAGCUUGGUGAGUUAUGAAAAAGACCAUCUAAAUAGAAGUUUUCAUUCAGCUUGGUACAACAGAAAGUUAAUUGAUAAUACAUAUGUAAAACGGGAAUGGCUUAGUUAUUCUCCUAAAUUAAAUAAGAUAUUUUGCCUCUAUUGCAUAUUAUAUGGUAAAAAUACCAA